AUCAUUACACCUGCAAUACAUACAAUACAAUACACACAUAAUAAUAUUAUAUAUUAUAUAUAUCACAUCCUCCUCCGUUAUACAUGCCGGAUUCCACCUUCCCCCUGACAACAUUUCCAAUUUUAAUUCAAAAAUCUCACUCCAAUUUCGAUACACAUGCAUCAUCAUCAUCAUCAUCGUCUUCUUCUUCUUCUUCUACAAAUCUCUGUGGGAACACAUGCCAUUAUUACACCAUUUCACCUUCAUUAUUUUAUUCUUUUCAUUAUUAUUAUUAUUUUGCCUCCUUCAAUUAAUUAACAUUUUCACAUUUCUUCAAUCCCAAUUUUCAUUUUCAUUUUCUUCUCUCUAGAUUUCAACACUUCUCCACUCCACAUUAAUGCAUGCAACUCAUAACUCCUAACUUAUUAUCAUAACUGUAGACAUUGUAGAUCUGGAUGUGAUGCGGAUGGUUCUGAGAUGGAUUUACAGUGUGUAGUUUCAGUUCAUGUGCACCAAAAUAGAAGAUGAUCAAACAAGAAUUAGGGUUAGGGUUAGGGUGAAUGUGAGUGUGAGUGUGGAACUUCAAUGGGCUGCAGACCUUCCAAAGUGGAUGAUCUUCCAUUGGUGAUACGUUGUAGAGAGAGAAAGAGAUUGAUUAAGUCUGCUGCGGAUUACCGGUAUGAUCUGUCUUCUUCACAUCUGGCUUACUUUCAUUCUUUGAAAGAUAUUGGUUAUGCACUUUCUAGAUUUGUUGAUGAACAGCUUGUCAUCCCUUCACCGCCUUUAUCCGCUUCGCCUGUGCUUACAUUGCCCUCUGAUGGUAAGAGUAAGGGUAAGAAUAACGGGUCAUUGUCUUCGGGUUCGGUUUCGCAUAUUCAUAUAAUUGAUGAUGAGGGUUCUGAAUCUGAAUCGGAUUCGGAUUUAGAUGGGCAUGGGCAUGUACAUUAUGGUGAUAAUCCACCGCCAUUUUCGAAUACUAAUCCGCCACAUGAGUAUAACAACAUGGAUUUGAAUGAGCCUGCUGUGGUUAACAGAGGGCCACAGCCUUCUGCAACCAAUUGGGGUCAUCCGUAUGAGAUUAACGGAGGACCGAUGCCGUAUCAGCAGACAUGGGGUGAGCCUUAUGGUGUGAACCCGUCUGCAUUUCAAUAUCAACCUUAUUGGGGUCCAAACCAACCUAGUUGGGGUCAGGGUGAGGGUGAUCCGUAUAAUGUCGUGAACCCAUCUGCAUCACAGUUUCAACCUCCUUGGGGGGGAUAUCAAGAGAAUUUCGAUUCUUACAAUGGGUAUGGUGGGAACUCGUAUUCGAAUUCGAAUUCAAAUCACUACGUUUCUUAUAUGAAAAAAUCCGCCCCGGCUAGCCACACGGUGAUUCACCAAGAGGAAGCAAGGGGGUUUCAAGAAACAAGUGGAUGGGUUGAUCCACCGCAUUAUGGUCCGUAUGGAAGUGGAUACGGGUAUGGGUUUUCUUAUGGCGGGGGAGCACCGCCUCCCCAAGAACCGAAGAAACCGAAAAGUCCUCCCCCGCCUCCUCCUCCUGCGGCCACAGUAUCUGAUUAUUUUAGCUUUUUUGAUGCUUAUGAUAAUGAACACCACGGGUAUGGAUAUGGGUAUGGGUAUGGGUAUGAAUCGAUGGGUAGUAGUCCAGAUUCUAAUGAAGUGAGAGAGAGGGAGGGAAUUCCUGAUUUGGAAGAAGAAACCGAAACAGAGUCUCACAUCGAAGAGGUUGUAAAGAAGAAGACAUUUAGUAGAAAGAGAAAUCUAGAUGAACAAAAAGAAGAUUUUGAAGAUAGUUCAUGGACGGAACCUUCUACUAGCACCGACGACAGUUCUAGAAGAAUGCCACCAGUAAAAAGUAAACGCACUGCAAAGGCAGCACACGUCGAAUCCACUUCAAAUUCAGUACCAUUUGAAAAUAAGGAAGGAGCGCAUUCGGUUAACACCGAAGUAGAUAAACAUAGCUCGGAGACGAUCGUUUCACAAAGCAUGGAGGAAGGCCCUGAGGGUAAAAAGGGGGUACAUUUUGAUAUGGACGAGGGGUCUAAUCAAGAGUUAGAAUCCUCAAUUAUUAGUAGCUUGACAACAUUAUCUCCUCAUGGUUCUCGGGAUCUGCAUGAAGUAGUUAAUGAAAUUAAAGACGAAUUUGAGGUCGCUUUUGGUUAUGGAAAAGAGGUCGCCUUAAUGCUCGAGGCCGGGAAGUUGCCUUAUCAAUCAAAGUUUGCAGUUCUUAAGGUGAUCUUAUCGAAGAUUCUCUAUCCAUUGGCACCGUCUUUGGCAUCUUCAGAUCAUCCAGUACAAUCCGUAACACAAAAUUCUCGAGUAACAAAAUUAGCAGGAUCCUAUAAUGUGGAUCCAGUUCAGGAUGUUAGGCCCGUUAAUCUUUCUUCCACUUUGGAGAAGCUGUAUGUAUGGGAGAAGAAAUUAUACAAGGAAGUAAAGGGUGAAGAGAGGCUAAGGGUGAUUUAUGAGAAAAUGUGCAAGAGAUUGAAUGAGUUGGAUGCAAAAGGAGCCGAGUCUAGUAAGAUUGAUGCUACACAGGCUUCUAUAAGAAGAUUAAUGACUAAACUUAAUGUAUCUGUUAAAGCUAUUGAUGCCAUAUCUUGUGAGAUACACAAGGUGAGGGACCAAGAACUGCAGCCGCAAGUCAGUGAGUUGAUCUAUGGACUAAUAAGAAUGUGGCAAGCGAUUGUAAAAUGUCACCGAAAGCAAUUUGAAGCCAUCAUGGAAAGCAGAAGUCGUACUUUAAGGGCAAACACAAGUCUUGAAAGAGAUUCAAGCCUGAGAACCACUCUUGAGCUUGAAGCAGGACUUGUAACAUGGGCUCAACAUUUUAAUAACUGGAUUAACGCUCAGAAAUCGUACGUUGAUUCCUUAAAUGGGUGGCUACAACAAUGCAUUGAUCACAAACCAGAAGUCACCAUCGAUGGUGAGAUUCCUUACUCCCCGGGUCGUAUAGGAGCUCCACCGAUUUUUAUAAUAUGCAACGAUUGGCACCGUGAAAUUAAAAACGUUUCUCAAGAACGAGUCUCGAAAGCCAUGCGUAAUUUUGCUUUAAAUUUGAGGCAACUGCUGGAGAGACAAGAUGAUAUGCAGAGGCUAAUGCUGAAGAAAGAGUAUCUUGCAAAGGAUUUCGCGAGAAGAAGACAAAAUCAUGGGCCUGAUAAAACAAACGGGUCAAUGGUUCCUUCUGAAGACCGAGUGAGUCUGGAUUAUAAAGAGGCUAUGAAGUUAGUUGGGAAUGGUGGUUCAAGUAGUUUACAAGGUGGUGUAAUUCCUAUUUUUAAGGCUUUAGAGAGUUUUACUUGUGAUGCUUUAAAAGCUCAUGAGCAGGUAAGAUUGGUAUAAUCGGGUCGAUGUUGCCCAAAGACUUGUAAUUUUUUGAGGUAAGCUAGGAAAUUCAUGAUGCUGAUCCUAACAUUUAGUAGGAAGAGUAUUACAAGUUUAUCAGACGGUUUUGGGCCGAUGGUAUCAGUGAAUUCGGCUAUCGGUUCUAAGAGACUAGUGAUUGAUAUUGUAGAGUUGAUCCAAUAUGUGUAGGUGUUGUUAGCCAUUGGUAUUUUGUACAGACAACUUGGCCAUUUUUUUUGUUCCUACUGUUGUUGGUCUUUUUUUCAGUGUUGUGUUAUAAAGGUUAAAACCAAUUGUUUGAUUGUU